CCACAAUUUAUUAUUUUUCUUCUACUACCAACUUACUCACACUUCUUUUUCAACAUACCUUGCGGAAACAGAAAUCCUUCCUUUCACAGCAAUAGUUGGUUCGAUUCUCUACUUAGACCAAUUAUUUACUUUGGGUUUCUUACCUUAGGUGCCUUGAGAUCAUCUCACGUACCCCUGUCGUUAAGAGUGCCGAUAGGAGCUUUUUAAGCUUGGGUACAUGCUUAGUACCCAUCAUUGGCGACGAAGCUAGAUUUCUAGGCUCUGGAUUUUGUCUCAUCGAGAGACAUCGUAACUAAACAGUAACCUGUUGUCUUGAGAUAGGUCACUGCUUACUUCAUCUCUCUUUUUUUUUUUAUCGCAGCAUGGCGGGUUAUAACCCGCCGGGUGGUGGCGGCUCAGACAGCUUGCAUGCAAUGCUUGCUCGUAUGCAAGCUCAGCGUAACGCGCAGCAGAAUUCAGACGAGCAGUUUCCAGUGAACGAUAUUCUUUCUCGAUUCACCUCUUACAACCAGGGUGCUAAUCCUCAAGAUUACUAUGGGCAUUCUAACACAGACUCGCCUGUAACUGGUUUGGAUGAUUUCCCACCGCCUGCAGCUCCGACUCCGCCCAGCAAUAAUUACAGUCAUUCCCACCAUCCGACUGGACCGACGGGUCUAGGACCAAUUGGAAGCAUGCCAUCCAACGUCGCAAACAAGCCCGACCAAAGCACUAACUUGUUGAACCUUCUCAAGUUUAGUGGUCCGGGUGCUACAGCUCCAUCGCACCCGUCUCCGCCCGGCAAUGCUUCCCAGUCCUUCGAGCCUCAAUCCAACAAUCCUCCUCCUAUCCAUGCUCCGGUGCCGAUGACUGGCGACCCCUCAGGCCUUCUCGCUAACCUUAUGAAGGGAAACCCGCAGAACGAAGCCUCACGAGCUGAAGCUCAGGGAUCGAUUCAAUCGACUUGGAGUAGUGGUCCACCCUCGAUGGAUACGCAAACUUAUCUUCUCAACUUACUUCAUCGACCGAAGCCGGCACAGAAUGAUCCUCCGUCUACGAUCGAGUCGUCUCAGCCCCCGACUUUGACUCCCCAGUCGGGUAAUGGCUCGGUAGAACAUCACAAGGAAUACACAUCGCAGAAUCAGCACUUUUCCGACAGCAUUUCACAAGAUGUUACACCUAUGCCAUUCCGUUUCGGAUCCAGAGAUCAUGUCGAGUCGCCCCCGGCAAAGUUUGAGUACCACUCACCAGCUUCCCAGCAUUCUCAGCAAGAUAGUGGUCGUAGGUACAACAAGCCUGAGUAUGCGAGCCCGCUCGAGGCAUUUGGUACGGCAUCUCCUCAGAAUGUUGCGUCCAAGUCUUCAACACCAGGCGGAUCGGGACAUAUGCCGACCGAGAUUCCCGUAUCGACUUCUUUUAAAGUUGUGAAGAAGACCCCUAGUGUUGCAUCUUCUUCCGGACUCGGUCACGACUAUAAGCGACCCAGCAGUCACCGAAGCCACAUCGCAAGCCCCGAGCAUAUCCGAGAAAGAUUCGACAUGUCGCCCCUCUCAGCUGCCGAGCAGGGAGUUGUUCCUAACAUCACGGAUGCCCCCCGCGGCGAGAUUUUUGACGAGGAAAAGAACACGGAGACCGUUGCCGAGGCGAUCACUGGUCUUGCUGAACAGGCAGACAAAGAAGCGCAGGAAGCUAUAGAGAGGGCAGAGCACGAAGAGGUACAAGCUAAGAUCAAUGCAGAGGUUCAACUUAUGAUGAGGGCCAAAACUGACGCUGAAUUCCAGGAUUCGGCAGAAGCAGCGGCGAGGGACAUCAAGAGCGAACUCCAGAAAGAAGAGAACGCUCGUGUCCUCGAGGAAGCAUACUCGGCCGAAGUUGCCCAAACCAUCCGCGAUAUUGUCGAUGAUGUUGCUCAAGGCCCAGUUGCAGAUAGUUGGGAGAGUGCCGAGGCUGACGAAAUUGUGGUGAUUGAGGAGACACCGAAUCCGGUAAAGGUGUAUAACUUCCCCAUGAAGCCGUGGAUUUCGAUCACAAUGCUGGAGACAGAGGAGCCCCGUCCCCAAUUCCGAGAUGAUGUCGUCCUUGACAUUGCCCGCCUCAAGAAGGAGUUCGACCAAAUCGAUCGAAACCUAGUUACCGCUACGGAGACGUACAUGGUAUAUGGAAUGUCCAAGGCUGGUGGGCUUCGUGUAAUACGACAGGAUGACGGUAAGGACGCCAAACUGUUUACUGAUACGAAAGACCGCAUUUUCAACGUCGCCAUGUCCUCAACUCCAUUGGAUUCCACUGUUACGCCGAAGGAGUCGAUCAUCGGUACGGGCGUUGGCGGGACCGUUUAUUACGUCCAGAUUAAAAAUGGUGACAAGGACCAUUUAGAAGAUGCCAACCCAGAGCAGUACGGCUUCAUUCUUCCUCCUCUUGUUAUCUCGCAAGAAGGCGGCGGCGAAAAUGGAGGUGUUUUGAAGACUCGAGCCAGAACCUCGUCUACUCACCCAGAAUUCUUCGCUGUUGGUCGUGGGAAGACUAUCAAUAUCGUCUGGCCGUCCUAUGUCGUAGAAAACGGCAUCUUCAGACCUGACCAAGACCGUGUGGUUGAUACUGAGAGAUUAUAUAAGGAAUGCUCUCUAAGAAUCAGUACGGGCAAGGCCGGUAAAGACUUUACCUUCAGCCAGGACGACACUACCAUUGUUUCUCUUGAUAAGUCUGGCCGUGUCAAGUUCUGGGAUGUGCGAGAUUUAACGGCGGCCGACGAGAACUCCGACCCGCGAGCUCCGAUGCCAGCUCAUACCUCACUCGAGGUCAAGGAGCCGCUGAUGACCCUCAACACCACACCCGAGGGCGAGAAAGCCUGGCCAACUUCUGUGUUAUUGCUGGAUAAGCAACGGCCAUACCAGAAGGGAUGGGCACUCCGAUAUAUGAUAGUGGGUAUGAAACAGAACCACACUCUUCAAUUAUGGGAUUUGGCUCUAGGAAAGCCGGUCCAGGAGUUCAAUUUGCCACAUGCCAAGGAAUCCGACCCAGUUUGCAGCGUUAUGUACCAUCCCCCCUCUGGCAUGAUUGUGGUGGGUCAUCCCACUCGCAACUCAAUCUACUUCCUCCAUCUAUCCGCACCCAAGUACACGAUCAAGGGUCUAUCUCAGGUGGAAUACGUCCAGAAGUUAGUGGCCAAAGAUCCAUCGAUCCCGGAGCCCGACUCAACCGCGGUUAUUAGUGGUGUACGCGAGUAUUCAUUCGCUAAUAAGGGCGUCCUGCGAAGUCUAGACUUGUUGGUAAACCCGGCUACUGCAUCCGAUAAUGACGAGCAGAGCCUGUUUGAGCUGUAUGCGAUGCAUUCCAAAGGCGUCACUGGUGUUAUUGUGAAGCAGAGCGAGCUUGGAUGGUCGAAAGAUAAUAAGGUUAUCGACGGCGUCAAUGCUGAGAAAGUUGGUAUGGUCAAGAUCGCGAAGCUCAAGGAAUUGCCCAACGCUCUGGUUUCUGAACCUCAGUCUUUGGAGGAGCAGACGCCUCUCCCAUUGCGAGUUCGCCCCGCGAAGGAAACGCCCCCUCCUCAGCUUUCAUCAGUUCCUUCUAUUCAAGAGCAAUUGCAGAAGGCCAAUGAGAGCAUACAUUCCGCCGGACAAUCCGAGCGGAAGGAGGCUAUAGCUCCCGUUGCUCCCGCCAACCAGGGAGAAAAGGCCGAGAAGAAGGCUCGCAAGAAGCGAGAGAAGGCAGCCGCUGCCGCUGAGAGGCUUGCCACGGACAACGCACAGAUUAACGGAAACUCCCAGGCAGCUAAAGCGGAUCCAACACCCUCGAAACAAUCCGACUUGAAGCCUUCUGCGUCUUCGUUCCAGCCGGUGAUGUCACAAGACUCGAUUCAGUCGACCGUCAAGCAGAUAGUGUCUAGCCUUGGCGAGAAGCUAGGUAGCGUGAUUGCCAACGAAUUUAAGGGUCACCAAGAUGUCGUCAACGCUGAGUUCCGUUCUCGCGACGAGACCUUUGCUAAGAACCAACAAUCCUUGCUCGAGAAGGUCUCCAAUGUUCUAAACAACAACAUCCAGGUCGUACUCACCAAUACGAUCAAUGACCAGUUUGGAACCGACGUUGUCCCUGUUCUAAGUGCGCUUGUCACGAAGACUAUUACUGAUCAGAUUGAUGGUAAAAUGACCGGCCGUGUCUCGCAUUCGAUCCAGAACCAACUGCAGAAGCUUAUCCCGACUGCCGUUAACCAAGCCCUGCAGAAACCCGAGUUCGCCAAAGCCAUUUCCGAUAAGGUCGCGAAUAGCGUGGCGCAUAGCGUAGCACACGAAGUCGAGAAGAGCCUCCGAUCCUCCUUUGUCGCCACCAUGACUCCUCUUAUCAACGACACGGCUAUCACAGCUUCGCGUUCGAUCGUACAGGAAGUCCAAGGUCGAACCACCGAGCAGUUCGCUGAACUUGAGCAGCGACACAUUGCUGACAGCAAGAAGAUUGAUCAACUUACCGCGCUGGUAACUGGCCUUUCCGAGACGAUUAGCACAAUGGCUACUACGCAGGCACACUUCCAGGAUGGGCUUCUAAAGUCAAUUAAGCUACAGCAGCAUCCGGGCUCUAGAGACAGGGAUAGAGAUUCUCGAGAACCCCGAGAACCUCAAAACCACAUCCCUUCUGCACCUCAGACGAUUCAGUCUCACCACCCUCAGCAGUCCAUGCAACAGUCUCUCCAAUCGCAAUCAUACUUGUAUGGAAGCCCUACUGCGGACCCUUCUCUGCAGAUGGUCCCGUUCCAGGCGAACAGCACGAGUACCAGGGAGCCUCAGGUUCAACACAUGAUUGCGAAUGUCGCAAGUUUCGUGGAGAGAGGCGAUCAUGAAGCCGGUUUAAUUCGAUGGAUUCAGCAAAACCAUCAAGCCGAGGUUUUCGAUGAAUACCUCUCAAAGCUUAAUCCUGCAUUCCUCCAGGACUUACCAGCGCUCGUCUUACUGUCCGUAGCGUCUGUCCUGGCCGAACACUUGAAGGGGCCUCUCCUUCAGACUAAGUUGGAUUGGGUGGAAGUGGUCCUCCACAUACUAAGUGGAUCUCUGGGUCACAUUGUUAGUCACCAACCCCAUCCGCUCUAUAACAGCUCUAAACAGUUUUCACUACAGGAGCCACAAGUUCGCGACGUGAUCCCGAAAUGCAUGACUACUUAUCUUAGCAAAUUCGACGGACUCUACCAACAAAUCGCGCCCCAGUCUCCAUCAGACCCCCUUCUAACACGUCUAACAAAGCUGAUCACUAUGUCGACUCGGAUCAUGCACGCUGUUCAACCGCCUAACCCUAAUUACUACAGUCCGAACUCUGGUAUGCACGAUCUAAUCUCACACGAGAGCUCGCGUAUCCGCUAAGGACUGUACAAUCCCCGGGUCAAUUUAUAAAAUUGGUAUGUUUAUGUCAUUACAACAUGGAGUGUAUGUGAGGUAUUCUAAUCACCUCUAGAUCAAUAGUUUAUGUUUCUAUACCUGCAAUUGCUUCAGCAUAAGCAUCAUUGCCAGGUGACUCAUUGGCAGUAAAUUAUUAAUCCCUCACCUACGGAUCAUUGGGCGUCUAGAGGAUUUUUGACGGAAAGAUACUUCUCUGAGAGCAAUGUGCGUGAUUCGAGGGUUAUCACGAUCAUUAGACGAGAUUUAGCCCAUUGAGCGGCCAAUGAUAUGAUGAAUGACCUUGCACUUUACUACGGUUUACUCUACGGUUCAUGGUUCAUGUGGCACAUAGCUUUGCAGAUGUUUGGCGGUCAACUCGUUAUGACUGCCGUGGCUGGUUUUCAUCUUUGCAUGUGGAAUGAUACCCAUCCGGUGGACGGCCUUGCGCCUAGUGUACACAAUGGGGAUUGCUUGUUACGUGUUUUCUAGCUGGAGUCCGUAGUGGUAAAUCGCGAAUUUUAAUUUUAUGGCA